AUGGUGAACUCAAAGCGGCGGCUGCCGUUGUUGGCGUUCUUAUCUGCCUUUGUUUGGCUGGGAAGCCUACCUGCAUCCAGCUUUGUGCCCCAACUACCAGGAGCACCGGCGACCAGAGCGCAAACAUCGACCUCCAAGGUUUCUCGCCAGUUUUUCGGUGAGUCCCAGAGUUCGCAGCCUGCUGUCGUCAUCAAAGAGGACUACACCCUGGCGGCCGUCUUUUCUGCUGUGGGCAUCGCGCUUUGCACACUACCAUACCUGGGGUUUGGGCUCGGCGCCCUCAUUACUGUGUUGGGCAUCCUCUUUUUCGUCCAGGCAGGCAGAGUCCGAUUUGUCUUUGACAAUGAGGCAUUCGAGUUGCGCACCCUCGGUAAUGCAGAAGAGCUAGAGAAGCCAGGAGAAAACAUCGUCGUGGGUGGCCAGAAUCGCUGGAAAUAUUCAAGUUUCGUCAACUGGGAGUUCUUUCCAAAGGGAUUGGUGGAGAAGGGCUUGCCGCCGAUCUUGGUCUACUUCAAGGAGACGCAGACGCCAGAUACGGAAUGGAGCGUAGGACCUGGAGCAGCCGCGAACUCACCAGAGGCUCUCGAGAAGGGGGCUGUGCCGGGUAUGGUGCACUUCUUUCCUUGCAUCUGUGAUGCUCAGCAAAUCAAAGCCGAGUUCGAGCGCAGAGGUUGCAAGAAGCUGUAG